GUGCGCGCGGCCCUCGACGCCGGGCUGCUGGACGCCUCGGGGAAGUGGUCGGCGCAGCUGGCGGCGCUCCGCGGCGAGCUGAGGUCGGAGCUGGGCGGCAGGCUGGACGAGCUGGCCGAGCGGAUGCGGCUCCAGGCCUCGAGGCUCGAGCAUGUGGAGGCUGCGAUCGGAGGGCACGAGGAGUCCCUGGAGCGCACCGCGGGGCUGUUGCGGGACCAUGAGGAGCAUCUGCAGGGCCUGCAGGCUGGCCUGGAGGACGAGCGCGUCGCUGGGCGCUC